CAAGUGUAACAAUGAUGGUAAGGGUGGAGAAUGCGUCCAUAAGUAAGGGGAUCCUCUUGAAACCUUUCAAAUGGUCACUAUGGUUAAUUCUUGGUGGGAUUUUUUCGGCUGCAACUAUUAUCAUAAUUAUAUUAGAAAGAAAUGAAACCAACCAAUUUCGCUUCAAUCCCUUCCUUGUUUACAAGAUCGAUGUUAUGGAGAAUUUUGCAAGCAGUGCUACAGGAUGGAUGGUGAUACUGACAUCAUUCUUAUUCAUCUUGGUGGUGCAAGUUUACACAGCGAAUUUAACGUCAAUUUUAACACAAAGCAAAAUGAAAGAGCCUUCAUUUAAGGACGAAAAUGAAACUAAAAGCAGCAACCUGUCCGUGGGAUAUCAAGCUGGGUCAUGGGUGGAAGGGUUUUUGGUUAGCCAACUCAAACUCAACUCGUCCCAAUUGAAGGCUCUAGGAAGUCGCGAAAAGUACAACGAAUCACUGUCAACAGGAACCAAACAUGGAGGAGUGGAUGCCAUUUUUGAUGAAACCCCUUACCUCACGCUCUUCCUCUCCAAAUAUAGAUCUCAUUUCAUGAUGACAGGACCGAACUAUAAAACUGGCGGAUUUGCCUUUGCAUUCCCAAAGAGAUCUAUCCUGGCCUCCCAUUUCUCAAAUGCAAUCUUAAAUGUGACGCAAGACGUGGAGCCAUAUCGUGAGCUGAUGGCCAAGAACUCCUUACCCACUUCCAUUGAAGAUUUUGAAUUUGAAGAGCAGAGUGAUAUAGAGACGUCAAGUCUGAGUAUAGCUAACUUUGAAAGCCUUUACCCUGUCCUAAUAUCCUUAGUGGCUCUCUCUUUAGGCCUUGCCACUCUGAAUCCAUCAGUGAUCACACGGUUGCGUGAGAGGCUAAGCCGCAAGUCAGCUAAGGGUUAAAUAAUACAUGUGUAUAUAAAGCUCCUUGUUAUGCUAUCUACUUGAUGUAAUGAAUAAUUUGUCCUUUUGUGUUUUCAUGGUCAACCAGAAACAUGUAUGUGUGUAUCAACUAUCAAUCAGAAAACAAACAUAUCAUAUUUC